AUGAAGUUCAUGCCCAUUCCUCCAAUACUAGUUGUGAUUCUGAUUGCCGUUGUGGGUCUUCAGGCUGAGGAGUUAAAACAUGAAGCAACACCGGCACAGGACAUCCGGCUACUGCUGGAAGAAGUGAAAUCUCAUUUGAAUCGGUUCAAUUCACAUUACCUCAUCAAUCUGGAGCAGCGAAUCGUAUCGGUGCUUACCACGAUGACAAGCUUAGAUUCAAAUGUGAAAACGCUGCAGGAGAAAUCGCAAAUUUGGGACGUUUUCCAGCAUCAUAUUGGGGCAUGGAGUGAACAUAUCAAAUCGGUUGAUAACAAGCUUGAUAUCUUGAAGAAAACCCACGAAACCCCUUCCGCAGCGCUAGAGACGAGACUUUCAAAUCUCGACUUUAAGGUUCAGCACAUUUUUGAGAAGGUCGAUACGAUUAACGAAAAAUUACACGACAUCACUAAAACGGUGUACGCUCUGUCCAGCAGCAGCAGCAGCGCAGUACACAGGGGGCGUCGAAACGAGCGCAUGGACGCGACCGAGCAGGCUACGAUUCUUACAAAAAUUGGCAAUCUUCAAAAGCAAAUCAAUCGUAUCGAAAGCAACGGAAACAAUAACAACUGCCCAAACAAAAGCAACGGCCAAGGAAGCGGAAAUCGUGGUACCAGUAGUUCAAAAAUUCGGAAAGAUGUUUCCGACUCUGACGAAGAAAUAGAUGACUUUCUAGAUAAGCUCACAGCAAAGAAACUUCGUGAGCUGGUUGCAAACCGAAAAAACUGUCGAUCGAUGGAAAUGCUGACCGGCAUGAUGCGAUCGGUGGAAGAUCGUACCGUGCGCAUUUAUGAUCUUGAAGCUUUGCAGUUUGAGCAAAUUCUUUCCUGUUGUCAGCGUACGAACAAUGAAGUUACGACAUUUACGAACAGUGCAGACAUUCUACUGAAGCGUAUCGAGCAUUUAGUGCUAGAUGUUGAUCGUAAGAUUGAAAAACGUAACAAUCAGCAGUGCAGCAAGGACCCAUCACCGACAUUACCCGACCAUCAGUCGAAGGUGAAAUUCAACAAUACUCUGGAAGAAUCGCUGGAUAUUUCAACCCAGGUAGAUCUGGGAAGUGGAAGUGAUGAAUCAACCGGCGACGAUAAUGUUAUAACAAGUGCAUCCAUCGAUCAACACGAGGAAAUUGAUUUCCAUCAUCCGGAUAAAGAUGGAUGCCAUCAGCUUUUGAAACGAGUCGAUGGCGUGUACACCUUCGCUGUUGUGGAACUUAAUGAAGCUAGACGCGACUUUAACAGAAGAUUCUGCCAGUUUGCAACGGAAGGAUCGGCCUGGACAGUUGUUCAAUGCCGUAAUUGGUACGAUUUGCAGGAGAACUUUAAUCGCUCGUGGAAUGAAUAUAAACACGGCUUUGGUGAUUUGGGUUAUGAAUUUUGGUUCGGUAAUGAUUUUAUUCAUAGAUUGAGCUAUGAUGAUAAUGUUGAACUAAGGAUUGAAUUGGAGGAUUUUGAUGGGCACAGAGCGUAUGCCCAGUAUGGGACAUUUAGGAUGGAGUCGGAAAAAUUCAACUACAACUUGAUGGUGUCCGACUAUCGUGGGAAUGCUUCUGAUGCCCUUUCGUACCACAACGAUCAAGAUUUCAGCACAUAUGACCGGCCGAAUGAUAAAUCUGAUACCUUUCCCUGCGCUCUCACGUUUGGCAGCGGUUGGUGGUUUAACAGUUGUGCCGAGUCUAAUCUAAAUGGUAAAUAUUACCUCGAAAACCCUCGUGCCCAUAAGUCUACCGGCAUUUUGUGGGAAACCUGGCUCGGAGACUAUUCGCUGAAAUCGGUCAAAAUGAUGAUACGCCCCAAAGAUGUAUGGAAUAAGGACGAUGAGGUAUCAUCAGAUGCCGAAACCCCGCAGGAUCCAUAG